AUGCCUCUUUUAACAGAAAGAGAUAUAGAUCGAAAUCCAAUUGUUAUAGAAUAUGAUAUUUCUCAACUUUUAGUUGAUGAUGAUAUUUUUCGUUGUAUUGAUGACGAACAAGUUAUAAAUUGGAGAUAUGCAAAUGAUUACAAAUGCGAUAAACAUGAUAUUUUGACAGAUGAAAAACUAUCAGCAUUAUACAACACAAUUCAAAACCUUACUAACUAUUUUACAACUAUAAUUCGAGUGAAUCAUCAAAGGCAUAACUAUAAUGCAUAUAAUGACUAUUCAAAUGCUAUUCGAAUUAAAGAAAAUAAUAAUACUGUUUCUUCUGAUCAUAAGAUUACAAUAUUGGUUAGACCAUUUGAAGAUGAAACAAUUGCUAUUACCAAAAAUGUUCAAUUCCAUAGAAAUGGACGACCUUUACAAUCAAUUUUGAUAUUAAACCCAAGAGUUAUACCAUAUCAAACCAAUAGAUACUUCUUUCUCCUCUUGUUCCACGAAAUUGUACAUGCAUUAGGCCUCAAUGAAGAUUGUUUUCCAAAAUGGGUCGAUCGUAAAACAGGAUUUCCAUAUGAAACUCAUCCAAUUGUCAACAUCACAUAUCCUGAAUACAAGAAUAAAGUAUUUUAUGAACUUUGCACACCAAAAGCCAGAGAAGUCUUUAGAAGAAGAUCAAAUUCCCAAACAGGAUGUUUGCCAAUGGAAGAAAAUGGAGAAACUCGAGAUAGAAGAGUCCAUGUGAAAGGUACAAUAUUCAGACAGGAUGUUUUAGCACAAAUGGUUACUUAUGACGCUGUCGUAAGUGAAGUUACCCUUGCUGUUAUUGAAGAUAUGGGAUUUUACUCUGUUGAAUGGACUAUGGCCGAACCGAUGCCUUGGGGAACUGUAGAAUUCAAUGCAAAUGAAGAUUUCUUCAAAAAACCUUCAUGGAAACAUAUUCCUGAUCAAUUUAAAUUCCAAUCAGGAUUUGAUACAGUGUCCAUUGACCUAAGAUCAUAUGGUAAGCAUAAAUCCAAGGAAUUCGAUGAAGAAUCAGAUGAAUUUAAUUUGACAUCUUAUGGAAAUUUAUAUCUUCCGAUAGAAGGUGAUAAAAUGAACUCAAAGAAAUCCGAAAUUGACUCCGAAAAAGACAACUCUGCUAAUAAAAAUAAUUUCAAAAAUAAUCAGAGUCAAAUUGAUAAUACAACAAAUAAUUCACAGCCUUUGAAGCUGAAAUUUAAUGUUACAAGGUAUCCAUCUCAUGAUUAUUUACCUUUACUCCGUCCGACUAAAUUUUGUAAGUUUAGCGAAUGGGCGUUCAACGUAAUCAUCAAAGGAGAAAAGAAAGUAAUGUGUCUCUCAAGCUCUUAUAAUUUAUCUCAUAUUACUUUUUCAUAUGGAGGAGUUCACAUAUGUAAGAGUAAUGAAACGUUUGUGAUUGAUUCAAGAAGAAUAGUUAUUUGUCCGGAUGCUUUAUAUUUGAAGAAAAUUGCAGACUUUAUUAACCAAAAUCCAAGAAAUUACGGUCAUAUUCCACUUCCACAGGAUCAAUUGGUUCCAGAUAAAUAUAAUUAUCAGGCUCCUCUUCACGAUGAUGUUCCUAAUCCGGUUAAAUUUGCUCAAGAUUUAGAUUCAGCAAAUAAGAAGAAAAAUGCACCUCCUCCAACCGAAGUAAGGAUAAAGAGGAACAAUAAUAUCAAAAACUACGCGGGAUUUGUCGUAUUAGUAAUUGUUGUCGGUGCAGGAUUUCUUGGAAUCUUAUAUUUGACUGGCAAAGAGCAAUACAGCCAUGCUCCUGUUGCUCUUCAACUUCCUCUCAAGCAGAAGCCUUUAUAUGUUUGA